AUGAGCUCCUCGAUCGAACUCCGCGAGCGCUCCCAACACAACAGAAUCCGUUCGCGAAACCUCCCAGCGCCCGUCGCCUCCGCCGCCCACGCCCGCACCGGCUUCGCGGCCAGCAGCUUGCCCGGCAUGAAGCCCCUCGUCGGCGCCAUGCAGGCGUGGUCCUGCGUCGUCAUCUCCGUCUUCGCCAUCGUCAUACUGUCCAUCCUCGGCAUACUGUUCAAGAACGAGCACCAUGAGUUUGUCGGCGGUGAGGAGGACCCCGAGAACGGCGGCCAGGUCGCGGGGACGAUAUUCAUUGCCGUCAUUAUUUAUGCUGGCUUCCUGGUAUUUUGCGGCCUGCAAGGACUGCUACAUAUGCGGGAGAGCAGACGGGGAGCGAUUGCUCUGUGA